AAAAACAAGACACACCUGUGUAGGCAGGUGGCUGAAGACAAAGAAAGUCAGGUGAUCAACAGAGGUGGGAAACUCGCCGAGGACAUCUAGUGUACAGUGCAGCACGAGAGAUGACUGACCACGCAGCAGUUUGGAACAAAUGACAGAAGAUUACACAUGCUGAAUGAGAUGAUGCCAACCGCUGAAAAUGAAUCUAAUUUGAUUACAUUUGAUGACUGAAAGAUGCUGUAGAUGGGUUUUCUUCCAAUGUAUUCCUAAAGCAACUCCAAGAUCAUCAUCAUCAUCAUCAUUUUACUGAAAGGAUCUCUUGGUGGAAGUCAGCGAGCGGGGGCCAGGAUGUGGCCCCCUGACCUCGGGCCUCCAGACGUCCAGCUGACUCUUCCUGGUUUUGGAAGUGUGUUUGAGGAUGCAGAAGACCUUCAGGCGCCGCUGUCUUCUGUUGGCUUCUGUCAGUCCUCAAGUGGUCUGGGUGUUUGCUGUCUUCCACGGACUUCCCUGUCCCUGUCUUCGCUGGGCCGGGACCUCACCUCCCUCCUCAGCUGUAAGACAGCUGGAUCCCACAUAGAAAAGACGAUGGAGGACUUUGCCACAAUAGCACACACAGAACCUAAAAACAACACCCAGAGGUUCAGCUGUUACCCCCAGCCCUCCCUCCCUUUAUCAUACAUGCUCACCAGCUGUGCCACAUCGCCUCCUUUUGGCUCCCCACCCUCCUCUCUGUCCUCUUCCUCGUCAUCAUCUUUAUUUUUUGCCCCUUCCUUGCCUCCUUCUGAUGCACAUGGUGACAACAAGACUCCUCAUCUACAACGAAAGAUACAGGAGGAGUAUCACUCAAUAAAACAAGAGCCUGCAGAUGAUUUCUCAACAUGUAAGAGGGAACCGUUUCAAAUUAACACCCAGCAGGGGGAGCUGUUCCACAUGGGCCAGCCGCUCCAAGGUCAGGACAGCACCCCGCUUCAAUUCCCGAGGCUUAAUGGACCCGGAGGCCAGGACCCCACAGUGGACCCAACAGACCAGCUGUGUCACUGGAUCGACUGCAGUGCCACUUACAGCAGCCAGGAGGAGCUGGUGAGGCACAUCGAGAAGGUGCACAUCGACCAGCGCAAAGGGGAAGAGUUUUCCUGUUUCUGGGCCGGCUGUGUGCGACGCCACAAACCCUUCAACGCCCGCUACAAGCUGCUCAUCCACAUGAGGGUCCACUCUGGAGAAAAACCCAACAAAUGCAUGUUUGAAGGCUGCUCCAAGGCGUUCUCACGUCUGGAGAACCUGAAGAUCCACCUGAGGAGCCACACAGGAGAGAAACCGUACAUCUGCCAACAUCCCGGCUGCCUCAAGGCAUUCAGCAACUCCAGUGACCGGGCCAAACACCAGCGCACACAUCUGGACACGAAGCCGUACGCCUGUCAGAUCCCAGGAUGCACCAAACGCUACACCGACCCCAGCUCAUUACGGAAGCACGUCAAAGCCCACUCAGCCAAAGGCCUUCAGGAGAGGGAGGUCAAGGUUCAGGUGCACACAAUGCUGGAAUCGGAUAUUUUGAGCGAUUGUCUGGCGAGGCAGCACCUCCACCAAGGAAACGGAUCACCUUUACCCAGCUUAGAUGACUUCACAGGUGUGUACUCAAACAGCAGCUCUGUCCACAACCGGGCAAAUUCAGAGUUUCUCCCACCACCAGCAGACACCUGCUCCCGGUAUCGAGGCUUGGAGGGAAACUUCGACGCCAACAGUCCAAUAUCUUCAAUUCCAAGCGCAGAAAGCAUGAGAGAGGGGAACAGACCAACAUCGUUGUACAUGUCCGCUGAUGUCAGCCCAGUGAGCUCGUCGUCAGACCGAGGGGACGUCCAGCUGCAGGGCUACCACAAAACCUACAACCACCAACAAGUGUUCUCACAGCAGCAAGGAUGUCUGUACGGAGAAGGAAAAGUGGUUCAACCAGUCAGUGACGGAGGCUUCGAACCCGCCAGUUACUUCACAACCUCCUCCGCCUCUCAUUCUACAGGGUUCGACCUGCUGCAGGACCUGCAGGGUCAGGCCGGGGGCGGUUACUCCAUGUCCCCCUGCUCAGACGACAGCUUCCUCUUCCAGGCAGGAGGCGUCGACCGCUGCCUCAACCAGAUCUACUCCAUCUACCUGGACUCAUGAUGGGCCGCCCAGGUCCAAAAAAAACUGAAUGAGUAAUCACUUUGUUUUCCUGAGGGCAAAAUGCAACAGACAAUCACAACAACAACACACAGUUUAUUCAAGGCUGAAGUCAGAAAAUAUGUCAGUGGGAGUUUAAACGGUACAAACAGAAUUGACUCGAGGCGGAGCUGCAGGCGAAAAGGUCAAAUUAUAAAUGUGAAUAGCGGUGACUUUUUUAUUCAGAAAUGACCUCAGCAUUUGUGAUCUGGAUAGAACGAGCUAUGAGCUUUUAUUUGCUGGUUUGAUCUGCUGGAAAGGUUGUUUAGCCGGCUCUCUGGCUCCAGUGAGGUUCAUUCUGCCUCCAGGAAGAUUUUAAAACAACAUGACUCGUCAGGACGGGAACUCAAACUGUAGCGGUUCUCAACUUAAGGUCUCUAAAUACAACUGUCGGGGUUGAAAGAUGAUACCAAAGAAAAGAACAAAACAAUUGUGCUUCACAACCUAUACUCAUUUCAGUUUGACUUUUUGGUCCGAAAUUCAAAUUAUGUGAUAGAAGAGAGGAACACUUUUUGGUUGUACUGCAACAACUCAACGACAUAUGCAAGGUGUGAGAAGUAGCUUGCUUAGCAUUUAAGCAGCCUGAGCAAUAGAGCAAAGAGUUUUCAACAAUUUGGGGGAUGUCUUUAUUUUUAAGAUGGUUGAUACCACUCUCAUGUCUGUAAACUGAAAAUUAAGCUACAGCAAAGUUAUGUCAGCUUAGCUUAGCACAAAGACUGGAAACAAGAGAAAACAGCUUGCCUGACUGAAAUAUACUAAUUUGACAUAAUAUGUAGCCUGCCAUUGGCUGUGUAUUUCACCUAGCACUCUUAGCAGCGCUUCUGAUUUGGCACAUAACCUGUAAAACCACAACUUGUCGUCUAUAGUGUUCGAUUUUUGUACAGAUUCAAUAAGAUAAAACCUGUUUAUUAGUGAAUUCACUAUCAUUCUGAUAGUCAUAUUUGUUACCAUUGCACAGAACCAAGCUAGCAGUUGACCUCCAUUUCCACUUUUUGUGCUAAGCUAACCAGAUGCUUUACUCAUAUUUACCACACGGACAUGAUGAUAACAAUGACCAGAAGAGUACUCAGAGCACAGACCUCUGCAAUGUUAAAGAAAGUUUAUAAGUAGUUUGUGUAUCUGCACUGUGAUUCAGAUCCGCUCUAAACACUAAUGUGUUCUUCCUCGGCCUAUAAUAAACCCUCCCACAAGGUUUAAUAGAAAUCCAGCUAGCAGUUUUUUUGUAAUCCUGCUGACAAACAAACAAACUAAAAACAGAACCCCCUUUUAGCGGAAGUAAUAAUUUUAUUUUUAUAGCACUUUUCAAACAAGGCGCAUAGUUUGGUUUUACUUAAGACAAUCAAUGAUAGCCUGUUUGAUAAAAACAAACAAAAACAGUCACAUAUAAAGGCAUCUGUACAGUAAACAAAACUAAACAAUAAAACUGAUUAAAACAGUUAAAAAUAAACAUCUGGCAUUAAAACAACAGAGCUGUAUUAUGCUUAAAAUUGAGUCAAUAAAAAUGUUUUUCAAGAUAAGAAAGUUGAGACAGUGCCAGCAGACUGAAUACUUUAUAUCUGAUCCAAAGCAGAGGUGAACCUGGAUCCUGCAGCUGCUGAAAGUUCUAAAUCAGCAAAUCUAAGAGGCCUUUUGGGACAGUAAAGAGUUACAUUUCACUGAUGUACUGUGAGUAAUAAGUAGGAUUUUUAAAUGGAUUCUAAAAGAAACUGGUAACCAGUGCAAAGAGGCUCAAACUGAGGUGACGGGAGAAGUUUGGCUGCUGAAUUCUUAUCGCUCUUCUCAUCUUACUCUCUGCCAGAAAGAUAAUCAGUGUAUUUCCAUGAAUGUUAAACUAUUCCUUUACGGUUGUGGCGUGUAACCAAAGUGUUUUUGAGAAACCUCCAACUGCUUGUCAAUUUACAUUUUGCUGCACCAGAGAGAAUAGCAGGAGAAAGUGUAGCAGUGCUGCCACCAAGUGUCUGAAUGACUGUAUAUAAACAUACAGUACAUAUGGUCUGUGUGUGUUUGACUCCUGGGACUUAAAACUGACACACAAAACAACAAAAACUGCACUAAAAUAUAUCGUCUGUAAUUUUGUCUUUGUGGACUGAGUGGUGCCAACAAAUAAGUUUCAAUAUGUGUAAUCUAAAAACAAUCAAGACAGUAGCAUAAUCUCCUUUUUUAUUAUUAUAUUGUCUCUUCUGUACCUUUACAUGUUUGUUGUAUCAGUGUUAUAUUCAGCGAGAGGGAGGUGUGCAUUGUUUACAAUAACUUCUCUGCACUCUUUUCUGUCUCAUCACAGAGACUUUAAAAAAAAUGACCAACCAGAAAAAAUGUUUACACUGAUUUUGUAGCAAUUCAGAGAUUUUUCUUAUUAUUGUCAUUGAACAGUGUAUAUAGACUGUAUAAAAAUGCACCUGUCUUUUAUAUCUAAAUAAAUAAUUCUGUUUGUAUGUGUUUGU